CUCCGGGGGGCGGGUCCCUGUGCCGCUGACGUCCCGAGCAGUGCUGGGAAGUAUAGGCUGUGUUGUCACGCCGGUGUCAGUCUGAUGAAGAUUGGCAUCAGGUUCCUUCUGGGCCAUGAGGCGCCCACGGCUUUUGCAGACAGGACCCCCGUGUCUGUGCCGGCAGCUAGACAGAGCCAAGCCAACCGCAGGGCGUGGCAGAGGCGGUUCGAGCGGGAGGUGAAGUGCGGGCCCAGACUCCGGCCUCCCGUCCUCCAUGCUGCUCCCCAGCCGAGGCCCCGCCCACUGUGCUCUGGCUCUAGCUGACAGCGAGAGUUUCCAGCCCCACUGGGAGUGAGAAGACGGAGCUGGCCCCCGAGGACCACCCCAGAGGCAGCCAGGAUCACCCCAACAGUCCUCCAUGUGAAUCGCCCCAGGAUGCAGCAUGCCUCCCCAGCCCCUGCUCUGACCAUGAUGGCCACGCAGAGUGUCCCGGCCCCUCCCUACCAGGACAGCCCGCAGAUGACGGCGACCGCGCAGACGCCCUCGAAGGCCCAGGCAGUGCACAUCCCCGCCCCGGCGGCCGCGGCCAGCACGCCCGUUCCCAGCGCCCCCGUCGACCCGCAGGCCCAGCUGGAGGCAGACAAGCGGGCUGUAUACAGGCACCCCCUCUUCCCGCUCCUGACGCUGCUGUUUGAGAAGUGCGAGCAGGCCACGCAGGGCUCCGAAUGCAUCACCUCGGCCAGCUUCGACGUGGACAUCGAGAACUUCGUCCACCAGCAGGAGCAGGAGCACAAGCCCUUCUUCAGCGAUGACCCGGAGCUGGACAAUCUGAUGGUGAAGGCGAUCCAGGUGCUGCGGAUCCACCUGCUGGAGCUGGAGAAGGUCAACGAGCUCUGCAAGGACUUCUGCAACCGCUACAUCACCUGCCUCAAAACCAAAAUGCACAGCGACAACCUGCUCAGGAAUGACCUCGGGGGGCCCUACUCCCCCAACCAGCCCUCCAUGAACCUUCACUCGCAGGACCUCCUGCAAAGCUCCCCCAACUCCAUGUCCGGGGUGUCCGCUAACCCCCCUGGGAUUGUGGUGGCGGCGUCCACGCUCCAGCCGGGCAACAUCGCCAUGACAACCGUCAACUCCCAAGUGGUGUCAGGUGGAGCCUUAUACCAGCCGGUCACCAUGGUGACCUCCCAAGGCCAGGUGGUCACGCAGGCCAUCCCGCAGGGCGCCCUCCAGAUCCAGAACACACAGGUUAACCUUGACCUCACCUCCCUCCUGGACAACGAGGACAAGAAGUCCAAGAACAAGCGCGGGGUCCUGCCCAAGCACGCCACCAACAUCAUGCGCUCCUGGCUCUUCCAGCAUCUCAUGCACCCCUACCCCACGGAGGAUGAGAAGAGGCAGAUCGCGGCCCAGACAAACCUCACGCUCCUGCAGGUGAACAACUGGUUCAUCAACGCCCGGAGACGCAUCCUGCAGCCCAUGCUCGACGCCAGCAACCCGGACCCCGCGCCGAAAGCCAAGAAGAUCAAAUCUCAGCACCGCCCCACACAGAGAUUCUGGCCCAACUCCAUCGCGGCGGGGGUGCUGCAGCCGCAGGGGGGUGCCCCGGGCACAAACCCCGACGGUUCCAUCAACCUGGACAACCUCCAGUCCCUUUCCUCAGACAACGCCACCAUCGCUAUGCAGCAGGCCAUGAUGGCCGCCCACGACGACUCGCUGGACGGGACCGAGGAGGAGGAGGAAGACGAGAUGGAGGAGGAGGAGGAAGAGGAGCUGGAAGAAGAGGCGGAUGAGCUGCAGACGACGAACGUCAGUGACCUGGGCUUGGAACACAGUGACUCGCUGGAGUAGUGGAUAGCCCGGAUGGCGCUGACCGCCGCCUCCGCAUGGGCUCCCGGCCGGGGA